ACCCGAACAAUUGCCGAACGUCACAGUCAAAGGUCACAUAACGACACAAACAUUCAGUAGAUCACCUGACGUUAUAUUUGGACUUUAUAUAUUUUGUAUAUAUUCAAGAGUUGUCGGUCUUUGUAAGAACGAUAACUCCCGAUUUGUUUUUUCAUGGGAGGAGAAGGACUUACUUUUUGACAACACUUCAGACGGUUUUAAAAAAGUGUUACAUAUCUUGCCAGAUGCGCCGCAGAUGAGUGAUGGAUUGACCAAAAACCCUUUUUUCUCACACUGAUAUAGGCCCUACUAGGUUCGAAACAAGUGAAAAUGAAAAGAUGGAAUCAUUCCUUAAGUAUCAACUAUGAGGUGAUUAUUAUGAUCAGGGUAUGAUCAAAUUAAUCUAAUUCAUCCAGAAAGGCUUUAUGGUUCAUGACAUGUAGAGCAGAAUUCGCUGUCCUAUUCAUACUUUUUACAAGCAGUGCCCUACACUGAAAUUCUUUCCAAAUAGCUCUAAUUACAGGUAGCCUGCGUAAUGCCUGGAGGGCCACUACCCAUAGGGGAUGCCUACUUCCAUAUACUGACUAGUGAUGCGAGUAACGUAACCGAUGCAAACUGUACCCAUGGAAUCCAGUGGAUCUACAAAGCCCUGGGAGACUGUGUGUGGGAGCCAAAGGGGAUCUCCUCUGUAGCCCUAGGGCUGGCCUCUAUUGUAUUCUGGAUGGUAGUCAGCAUUCCUCAGAUGGUGAAGAACUGCAGGAACAUUGCAGGUGUGGAGGGGAUCUCUAUCCUGCUGAUCCUACAGUGGACGCUGGGUGACGCCACAAACCUAGUGGGAGCUAUCCUGACCAAUCAGCUACCUCUGCAGAUAUACCUUGCCAUAUACUUUGUGUUUGCUGAUCUAGUCCUUUUCUCCCAAUAUAUUUAUUACCAAAUAUGGAAGCGAAAACAGGCAAAAGAACAAAGAGAAUACAGACCAGGGACUUUGCCAAAAAUUGUUCUAUGUUUUACGGGUGCAUUUCUUGGAACCAAUUUUAUGGGACCCGCUGUCUACCAAGCAGUUUCACCAUUUCAAAACCAGGGUUCAAACAUGCAUAUAAUGCAGCACCCAGCUGGCAGAAGUUUGCUGGCUACCAACUUACAACAUAAUGCUGUGAUAUUUCAUGGAUUUAAAGAUGAGAUUGGCUAUGCAAUAGGAAUAGUCUCCAGUAUAUUUUACAUAGGAUCAAGGACAGCACAAUUGUACAAAAAUUACAAAAGGCAAUCAACAGAUGGCUUGUCCAUUCUGAUGUUUUGGCUGGCUAUUUUCGGUAACCUGACAUAUGGACUAGCAAUACUAGUGAGAGAGUUGGACAGUGUGUAUGUUAUACGACACGUUCCCUGGCUUGUAGGGAGUCUGGGAGUUAUCCUUCUUGAUGCCUCUCUGGUGCUGCAAUUUAAGUAUUAUGGAGGUGAGGACUUUGACACACUUUCUAACGAACCUCUUCUUCAAGAUCAGGAAAUAGUGGUGGAAGUGGAACCAAGUAGUCGUCAAUAUGGCACCAUCAACUAGUCCCUCCUUGUUUCUUCAUAUGUUGUGGAAAACAUUCCUCCAUUGUGACACAGCAUAUUUUCUACAGGAUGUCAAUUUUUGAAACUAAAUGUUGGACUGUGAUUUUUUUUUUUUACAUAAUCAAUCCGUAGGCCUUCCAAUUUAGUUUCAUCAAAAAAAUCAAAUGAUGUAUGAUUUUAGUGGUGCAUCCCUCUCUGAUAUGAAAUCAGUGAUAAUCCGAUAUCAGGGAGGUUUCAAAGAAAUGAUAUUAUACCGGAAAUAAUUCAAAGAUUUACAUGAGAUUAAAUGGGGAGUGCCAAUAUUCUAAUAAUUAUUAUGGAUCUAACAGUAUUUGUACAAAGAGUUGUGUCAUGACUUUUAUGCCAUGGAAUGGUAGUGACAUGUUAGUGCUGUCUGUCCAUGGAUCAUUCCUACAUUCCAUCAUUCAAUCAAUUUGAUUGCUAGCCUUCUCGGGAAUUCUGUACUCCACAGUAGUUUAAAAUACUGUAACUUUUUUAAUGUCAGAAACAAAAAAUAUUAUAGAACAACUGUUUUCAUGAAAUUUAAAAAUGUUUUAUAAAAAGUAUGAAUAAACUUUCAAACUGACAAAU